AAAGGUCACCUCAAUGCUUUCACUUCGUAGUGUCUAACUCCGUAAGACAUGGAACUGACGUGUUAAACUCGUCUGUUUUACUCCCCGAUCAGGUUAGACGGUUCUGAGAAGGAGGCCAAGCCUCCCAAACAUGCAGCGUGAACGUCUCGUAAUGUUUUCUCUCUCAACAGAUCGCUGUAUUGGCAAACAAACUGCAGUUCCCAGAGAUGCCUUGGUGCAGGUGGGCCGGGAACUGGACGUCUCACCUCCAGACGCAGUCCGCAGGUGAAGAAACUGAGGAUUGCUGUGACUAUCUGUUCAAGAUCGUUCUGAUCGGUGACAGCAACGUGGGAAAGACCUGCGUCGUCCACAGCUUCAGGUCUGGAGUCUUCGGUGAAAGCCAACACAACACCAUCGGCGUGGACUUCACCGUUCGCACCAUAGACAUCGAUGGCAAAAAAGUGAAGAUGCAGGUGUGGGACACGGCGGGACAGGAGCGUUUUCGAACCAUCACUCAAAGUUACUACAGAAGUGCCCACGGUGCCAUGAUCGCCUACGACCUCACCCGUCGACCCACCUUCGACUCCCUUCCCCACUGGAUACAGGGCGUGGAGCAGUACGGAGCCGCCAAUGCAGUCUUUGUUCUGAUUGGGAAUAAGUGUGACCUGGAGUCUCAGCGGCAGGUGUUGUUCGAGGACGCGUGCACUCUAGCUGAGCAGAAAACUGCGCUGGCGGCGCUGGAGACGUCUGCCAAAAAUCACCACAACAUAGAGGAAGCCUUCGAACUGAUGGCGCGGGAACUCAUAAUAAGACACGGCGGCAUCGUCCAUCAGGACAACCAAUCAGAUUCACCCAUCGUUUUCUUACACUCCGACUCUCAUCCAGUAGAUGAAGGGCGGCAUCCAGAGAAGAAGUCAUGUGACUGCUGAUGGAAUAGUUAUAUUUCUGAC